CCCGUUAUAUACUCGGCCUUAGACUCUCUCUCUCUCGCUAGCUUCUCGUUCUUCUCUCCUCCGCUGUUGUCUCCUCCUUUCUGCGACCACCAAGCGAGUCGAACGCAGGAGAUUGUUCUGAAAAGCAAUGGCUGAUAUGUAUCAACACCCAACUGUUGCUCAGAAGGUAGCUUCCCAGCUCCAUCUGAGCUCAAAUGUUUUCCAAGAUGCUCAAACACGCUAUGGCGGCAUGCAAAGGCCGGUUCUCAACCAGAGGCAUUUUGCUUAUGGAAACUACAGCUCUGCUGGAUUACAGUAUCCAAUGACUCAGUCGUGCAAAGCCACCCAAGAUUUGUCAUUGAUUACUGCAAAUGCUUCACCGGUAUUUGUUCAGGCUCCUGCUGAGAAGGGAUUUGCCAGCUUUGCUAUUGACUUCCUAAUGGGUGGAGUUUCAGCUGCUGUAUCAAAGACUGCAGCUGCCCCAAUUGAGCGCGUCAAGCUUUUGAUUCAAAACCAAGAUGAGAUGAUUAAAACCGGCAGACUGUCUGAGCCUUAUAAGGGAAUUGGUGAAUGUUUCAGUCGAACUAUUAAGGAUGAAGGAUUUGCCUCAUUGUGGAGAGGAAACACUGCUAAUGUCAUUCGUUACUUCCCCACUCAGGCCUUGAACUUUGCAUUCAAGGAUUAUUUCAAGAGGCUCUUCAACUUCAAGAAGGACCGUGAUGGCUACUGGAAAUGGUUUGCAGGAAACCUUGCAUCAGGUGGUGCUGCUGGUGCUUCCUCAUUACUUUUUGUUUACUCCUUGGACUAUGCUCGUACCCGUCUUGCAAAUGAUGCCAAGGCUGCUAAGAAGGGAGGUGAGAGACAGUUCAAUGGUUUGAUUGAUGUCUACCGAAAGACCCUUGCUUCUGAUGGUAUUGCUGGACUCUACCGAGGAUUCAACAUUUCAUGUGUUGGUAUCAUUGUGUAUCGUGGGUUGUACUUUGGACUGUAUGACUCCAUUAAGCCAGUUGUCUUGACUGGAGACCUACAGGAUAGUUUCUUCGCUAGCUUUGCUCUCGGAUGGGUCAUCACAAAUGGUGCUGGUCUUGCUUCUUACCCAAUUGACACUGUCCGCAGAAGAAUGAUGAUGACAUCUGGUGAAGCUGUCAAGUACAAGAGCUCUCUUGAUGCUUUUGCUCAGAUUCUUAAGAAUGAAGGUGCGAAAUCUCUCUUCAAGGGUGCUGGUGCAAAUAUCCUGCGUGCUAUUGCUGGUGCUGGUGUGUUGGCCGGGUAUGACAAGCUUCAGUUAAUAGUUUUCGGAAAGAAGUAUGGCUCUGGUGGGGCAUAAGUUCGGUCGCGUCUCUUUUCAGUAGCAUAGUUAUAUGGUGACGAAAAUCUGUCGCAAUUUAAGAAUUCAUUCAGGCUGAAGUUUUUAUUAUGCAUUUUGAAUAAUUAAAUUUUAGAUGAGGGUUGCUUGAACCCAAACUUACCCCAACCCUUUUGAUGAGGGUAUUUUGUAAUUUUGUUUUGCGUACUUGAGCACUGGAGAGGUUACAGAUUCGUAUAAUUUAUGAGUUUGAUUUGGGAUUAGUACUCCGUUUAA